AUGGGCUUUCCUGAUCCUACUCAAGAGGAUGUCUUUGAUUAUGGCCUCUAUCUGCUGGACAAAGUCCUUACUGGAAUGGGAAAGCGCCUCAUUGACUAUCCUCCUAUGCCUUUGCCUCUGCAAGAUUGGAACCAAGCUGCAAAUGUGCUUCUUCAGGAUGAGCUCAACCAUGAUUAUGUGGCUCUUUGGGAACAGGUGGAGACUAAUCUAUUGACCUUCAAUGCUGAGCAGAGGAAUGCCUAUGAUGCUGUUAUGCAGUCAGUCCAGUCCAACCAAGGCCAAGUCUUCUUUCUGCACAGUGCUGGAGGUGGUGGAAAGACCUAUGUUUGCAACACCAUUGCUGCCUCUGUCCGCUCUCAGGGCAAGGCUGCUCUUUGUGUUGCUUCUUCUGGCAUUGCCUCCUUGCUUCUGGAUGGUGGUCGCACUGCUCACUCUCGCUUCAAAAUCCCCAUUGAGGGUCUCAAUGAGCGCUCCUCUUGCUCUUGGGAGAAAAACUCUGACUUUGAUGGACUUAUUCAUCAGACUGGGGUGGUCAUUUGGGAUGAGGCACCAAUGCAGCAUCGCUAUGGAAUUGAAGCUGUUGAUCGCACUCUUCAGGAUCUUAUGGGCAACCCUGCUCCUUUUGGUGGUGUUACUGUGCUAACAUGCGUCUAG